AUGGUGCCUUGUACAUCAUCAACGACUGGUGUCACGAUCGAUGCUCUUCUCGCAGAACAGACGCUUAAAAUUCAUGUCAUUCUAGGCCUGGCUCGAAAUCCAGAGUCUAAUGCAGACAAGAAACUAUCCGACCGAGGCGUGGCAUUAGUCAAAGGCGACUUGGAAGACGCUACAAGCGUUUUUCGGUCGGCCAAGCAAGCUCUUGGAGGUGCUCAGUCAGUCUGGGAAGUCUUUGCAGUGCAAACUGCCUUCGGUCUUGGAGCGUUGGACGUAUCCGAAAGGCGCCAGGGAAUGGCAUUAGUAGAAGCGGCAGAAUAG